CAGACACAACAGACAUAUAAAACCAAAACAACCCCUGUCUCGCCUUUCUAUGUGAAUAAAUGGAAAAGGCAUCCGACAACAACAACAACUCCAAGAAACUCUCGAAGAUGUUUCAAAAAGCGUUAUCAAUUGGUCACAGUGCGGCGCCGCCGUUUAAUCCGGUUAGAGAUUUCCGUCACCACCGUACGAUUUCUACGGCGAGCAGAGGAUACUUCUUCUCCAGUCCGAUGACACCGUUGCUUCCAACGUCGGCUAGAGCUAGGAGAAGAACUAAGAGCAACGGCGUCGUCGUCGCCGAACCCACUUCGCCUAAAGUCUCUUGCAUCGGUCAGAUCAAACUCGCGAAGUCGAAAUGUCCGGAGAUGAAAAAAAGAGCACCUAAAAAUCUCGAAACGUCGUCGUCUUCUCUUGUUAAAGAGGAAGGCAAAGGAAACUGGUCGAUACUAAAACGUCUCUUUUCAACGGGGAGGAAUCCUUUGAAAAAAUCCAGCUCCACGGCCUCUGCCGCCGUCAUCGAACAUCCCGUCGUGGCGGUGGAAGCGGUUGCGGGGCCAACAUUGGGUAAUAUGAAGAAGUUCGCGACCAGCAGGGAAUCUCUUGGUGGGUUCGAUUGGCGGGUCGAGAUGAAACGUCAAGAAGAGGAAUCUCGACCGGAUCAUUACACUCCCGACGACGAAGAGACGACGAUUCCAUUCUCUGUAAGUAUGCCUCUGACUCAGCGGGAGGGUUUGAGUUUGUAUCCAAGACAGAAGAGUGAAGUUAAUUUGUGGGAGAGGAGAACCGUGGAUCGACCAAAACCACUUCAAGUUAAAGCUACUUAUUAAUUUGUCUUCGUUACUUUUCUAUGUAUACUUG